GGUUUCCCGACAUGCUCUGCGAGUGAGCAGCCUCCCGACCAAAGGACGCUGAGAUUAUAGCGGAAUUUCUCUGUGAAAGAAAUCCAGCAGUUUGAAAAUGUCUGAGAUUGAUGAGAAGAUCAAGAACUACAGGACGGCUCCAUUCGACGCCCGCUUCCCCAACACCAACCAGACCCGCAACUGUUUCCAAAACUACCUGGAUUUCCACAGAUGUAACAAAGCUCUGUCUGCCAAAGACCAGGACACGGCUCCCUGUGAGUGGUACAAGAGGGUCUACAAGAGCCUCUGCCCCAUCAGCUGGGUUCAGAAAUGGGACGAGCAGUUGGAAAAUGGAAGUUUUCCCGGAAAGAUCUGAACAGACACAUUCCUCUUCCUUCGUCCUAGUAUCUUAAUGUGAAGCCUCUGCUCUUUCUGUACAGACGCGACUAAAUAAAUUAUUUAAUGUUACUGUGAA